UUCUCUGACACACGAGGCUUGUUGGGUUGCUUGCACUUUUUGCAUUUUUUGUUACUUAGAACAAGACGCAUAUUCGGGCGUUGGAAGAAGCGAGAGCGAAGGGAUCAAGUGCGAGAAGUACAAGCAACACGAACCAAUCAACAAUCUUCUACGCUAAAACAAUAACAAGUGUCACAUGUAAAAAUAUGAAUUUGUAGUGCUAAACAGACCAAGUCAAUUUUGAUAUUAUGCUUUAAAAGGGUUAUAUGUUCAAAGAGGAUAUUAUUAGAAUAAAAGAAGAAGAAACUUGUUAAAUAUGUUAAAUUGUUAAACAUGAUAGAAUUUGUAUAAUCUAUCUUCAAAUGUAAAUAUUUCAAAUAUUUUAAGGUACUAUUUACUAAGAUAUAGACAUGAGCUCUUCCGACAAGAAUGCACAACAUGCUGCACAAGAUCUGAAGACGGAAAAGAAUAAUUUUCUGGCUGCGUAUCAUACAUUGAAAUUCUCCAAACAGGAUAAAGACAGUUUUGAAGUCGCUGAUAUUGAACGCAGGUCUCUGGCCUUGAAAUAUAUGACAGCGAAGUUAUUUGAUUCAGAGGAUACCGCAGCGGCACUACUUCGAAAUGGCCUCGAAGACUAUCAUACUCUAGUGAAAGACAAGGAUGGGGUGAACAAUUAUUGGAAACAGAUUAAAUCUCAACUACCAGAUGUAAAGAAUGACCCAUCAAAGUGGAAGUCAGGAUUGGACAAUGUGGACUACGCACUAAGUAUUAUAAAACCAUUAGCUUGUCAAGAAUCCAAUACUCUACCUUGCAAAGGAAAAUCUUACAAUGAUAAAGACAUAGAGAAAUUGGUAAAUAAGUCAAUGAAGAAGAAGGACGAGUCACCAGAAAGGAAUAGAAAGAUUCCAUUGCAAGUGCAAGCGAGUUCAAACAAAUUACCAUCAACUUCUAGUCAAAAAACAGGUGAAAAGAAGCUCUCAGCGAAGCCUAACAAUGAACAGAACACGUCUGCAUAUUUCACAAGUAUUCCCAGCAGCAACAGUUUUAGCAAGCAUGUAAGUUAUACUGAACAGAAUGUGCCCAAAGUUCAGGUAAACGCUAGUCCAUCUUAUCAGAAUCUGAACAAAUUUGUACAAAAAAUGCCUUCCAAACCGAUCAACAAUAACAUCAAUGGUGCAAUUAAGAACCUGCAAGAACCGUCACAUUCAUGCGCACCGAAGUUAAAACCAACCACUACCCCGCAGUUUAGUAACAAAGAUGCGGAAGCACAGAAGAAUGCGAUUGGCUCGGCCUUCAGGAGUGCCAGAGACGAGUUAUACAUUCAAGAGAUGAAGAACAAUCGAGGGAGGGUACCGAAGAAGACCUUGGGCGGCCGAGGGGCGGCUAAUUCUCAAUUCGUCUGUCCGUUCAAGCGAGAUAAAGAGAAAUCGAUGGAGAGUCACAAUAAUCGGGCCCAGAACGCAGCUGACGGUAAGACAGAGGAGGUGGAGGACGAGAGGCUGAGGAACAUCGAGCCGAACAUGAUCGAGCUGAUCAGGAACGAGAUCAUGGACUCGGGCAAGUCGGUAACAUGGGACGACAUCGCGGGAUUGGAAUACACUAAGAAGAUCAUCAAGGAAGUGGUGGUAUUCCCGAUGCUGCGGCCGGACAUCUUCAUCGGUCUGCGUCGUCCGCCGAGAGGUAUCUUGCUCUUCGGUCCGCCGGGAACCGGCAAGACUCUCAUCGGCAAGUGCAUAGCUUCGCAGAGUAAAUCAACGUUCUUCUCGAUUUCCGCGAGCUCCCUCACUUCCAAGUGGAUCGGCGAGGGUGAGAAGAUGGUACGUGCAUUGUUCGCGGUAGCCAGAGUCCAUCAACCCUCGGUAGUCUUCAUCGACGAGAUAGACUCGCUGUUGACUCAGAGGUCCGAGACGGAGCACGAGAGCUCCCGGAGGCUGAAGACGGAGUUUCUCGUGCAGCUGGACGGCGCGACGACCUCGGACGACGAUCGCAUCCUGAUCGUCGGUGCGACCAACAGACCGCAGGAGUUGGAUGAGGCGGCAAGGAGACGUCUCGUCAAGCGGCUUUACGUGCCUUUGCCGGAACUGGGGGCGCGCGAGCAGAUAAUAAACAAUCUGUUGGCCUCGGUGCGACAUAAUCUCACUCCGGAGGAUGUAACAAAGAUCGCGGAGCGUUCCGCGGGAUAUUCCGGCGCCGAUAUGACGAAUCUGUGCAAAGAAGCCAGCAUGGAGCCGAUCAGAAGCAUCCCGUUCAGCCAGCUGGAGGACAUCGGGAUGGAGGAGGUGAGGCAUAUCACGAGAAGCGACUUCGAGGAGGCUCUGAUCAACGUACGACCCAGCGUCUCGCAGUCGGACUUGAACAUCUACAUUGAAUGGGAUCGUACUUACGGAUCUGGUACCGCGAAAAACUACAAAUAAAUUCGAAUAAAACAACGCAGGCUACUAUUAAUUACAGAUUAUUGUGAAAUAUUGUCGAAUUUUUUAAUUUGUCACGUGGUUUACUUUCAUAACGCUGAGUUUUGUAAUAAAUAUAUAGUUUCGUAUAAAAUGAGAGACUAUCUCUCAAAAGAGUCAAUUGUAGCGUCUCAUUUCGUCCUUGAAUUGUAUCGCAGUAUUUUUAGUCGCAAAUGAUUGAAUAUUAAAAACGUAGAACAAAGAAGAAAGUAGGAGAAAAAUCUUUAGGAUGAGGC